AUGCAGAAAACUCGUCGCACUAGACAAGGGAGUCAGGAGAUGCCUCAGCUGGCUAUCUCACGACACUGGCUUUUCUUUAAAGACUUGUGGUCCCGCUCUGUCCCCUCUCCUCUUCCCCAAAUGAUUCUCAAAUACCUCAUCUACUGCCUAGUACCCAAAAACGAAGGCAAUAAGCCUUACUUGCCAACCAUGGCUACCAUACAGGAGGCAGAGCAAAUUGUGCGACGGUUGACUAGGAAGUAUGGGUUUCUGAACGAACAAAUGAUGGACGAUAUCGAACAAUUUAAUGCCGAAUAUCGUCGGGAGAUUGAUGAGAAUUGGCUGGCGAUGGAAAGCGCCGUAUCGCACUCCGUCAAGAUAUUGGCAAAGCAGAUCUAUGGCAGUGGUGCUCGGUUUGUCUUUGAACUUCUUCAGAAUGCGGAGGAUAACAUCUUCAACAAGGCUCGUGAAGCAGAAGCGCUGCCUUUCGUCUCUUUCAAGAUAUAUCCAGAGAAGAUCAUCGUCGAGUGCAACGAAGAUGGCUUUACAGAGCCAGACUUACAAGCUAUUUGCGCAGUUGGACAAAGCACCAAGUCAGGUUCCCACGGAUAUAUCGGCGCCAAAGGCAUUGGUUUCAAGUCCGUAUUUAUCGCAGCAUCGAGAGUUCAUAUUCAGUCUGGGAAUUUCUCAUUCGAGUUUCGGCAUAACAAGACGGACCCAGGUAUUGGCAUGGUCAGACCUAUCUGGGUAAAUCCGGUCGAAGCCAUCCCCAGCCCUCUGACCCGCACGACCCUAUACAUCCAUGACCAAGGAGACCCAGACGAACUUCAACAUCUGAAGAGAAUUAUCUCUAUGCAAUUUGAUGAUCUACAGGAAACUUGUUUGCUCUUCCUGCGCAAGCUUGAGCAAAUCAGCUUGGAGUUCUACGGUGAGAACGGUGAGCUGGAACGAUCAAAGUACUUCCGCAAGCAUAAGAUCGACGAGUAUCGCGUGUCUCUGGAGACUACAUCUGGUGCUCGUGGAGAUGAGACUAAGCGAAGUCAAAUCUAUCACAUCGCAAGACUAAUGGCGACCAACUUGGCCCUGAGCGACAAUCGCGAGGUUCCUGAUACCGAAGAGGCUAAGAAUGAUUCCUCCAAGGCUGAAGUCGUUCUGGCUUUCCCAAUUACCGACAACUCUGAACCACUUGUCACUCAGAAGAACCAAGACCUGUUUGCAUUUUUACCUCUCAGAAGAUCCGAUUACAAGUUUUUAAUCCACACCGACUUUGAUACAAACGCCAAUCGACAGGAUAUCGUCACCACAUCACGCAGGAAUCUCGACCUUCGGGGCUGGAUUGCGUCUGCGUUCUUUCAGGCAGUUCUGCAGUUCUGCGAGCAUCCUACACUCUGCUACAGCUGGCCUAUGUUCCUUCCGUCCUCUUCAGAUACCAGUUCCGAUGCAUUCUGGUCAGGCCUUAAUCAGGAGAUACGAAGCUUGAUGAAGAAAACACCAGUUCUGAAAUCCCGCAAUCGAAUCGACUUGCGCGCGGUAGGCGAAGUUGUCUUUCUUCCAGGCGAGGCCCAGGAUGCAGAAAGGCAUCCUUUGUUCGACGACCCGACUAAAGAUCUUUAUCUUUCGCCUAGAUAUUCCCAGAAGGCAGUGAACAUUCUCAUAGGUUACGGACUAGAUGUACUCAAUAUCCAAACAUUUCUCAACUUACUGGAAACCGAUGUCCACAGUCCCAACUCCACCACGCCUGCUUUUCAAAUCGCUCAAAAAUUCUACUUUUAUACAUCGGAGACUGAAUUUGUUGCCUUUGCUCCCGCUGAGAUCCGGAGCGUGGACAUCGACUACAUCUGGGCCAGUAGAGCCCCCCAGAAAAGCCGAGCUUAUUCCACCCAAGCUGGGAGUCUGCGAUUCUAUCGUUUGGUGACAAAUCGGGCUCUCCGAUCGAAGAUUGAGGAUCUACCUGCUCAGAAACUUUGCGGCGUUGACUAUUCACUUAAGUUGAAGGAAGCUUGGCUUCCUAUCAAAUUUUUGAGAUACCCUGUCGACCGCUACAUGGAACACCCUAAGCAAUUUCCCUUUCUCAAACUCGAGGAAUCGGACACAACCGAACUGGUUGUGUCAAAAUGGCAUUUCCUGAGUGAGUACUUCUCAGUCAGUAAAGACGAUAACAUGGAUUUCCUACUUCAAAUACUUCGUUACAUUCAGCAAUCAUGCCCCGAACGUCCUUCCGACAGUCAAACACAAAAGGUGUUUGACUUGUAUAUCGCCAUAUACGCCAGACUUACAGUUACUAGUGAUGGGCCAGACGCGAGACGCAAGAUUACGCAAUUUUUCGACGAAGGAGGUGUCCUCGACCCUAAUCGGAAUGAUCCUAUGUGGACGAGAUCUCCGCUCUGUUUAUGGACUGCACCGCCAGAUAUGGUCAUGUUUCACUCUCUCAGGGCUUCCUAUAAGGAAAGGAUGGAUAACGAGAAAUUUGUGAACAUCGAGAACCUAUUCAAGCGAACACUUCAAAUUCAGGAUGCGUCGUUGGAUCACCUGGUGAUCGAGCUGGCCAAACUCCGGGAGGAAGGUUGUGAGGAAAUACCUCGCAUGCGGACAAUCUAUGAUUACUUGUAUAAGGCAAAAAUACCUUUGCCACAUUUGAAAGCUGCAUUUGAGGCAUCCCCCCUCAUCUAUUGUCAGACGCGACAUGGCGAGUCUGGCUGGUACAAGACCUCAGAUUGUCUGUGGUCUAGUGAGACAGUUAUCCGUGGUAAAGCCAUCCUGGAUGAAUGUUGGGAAGCUUAUGAGAACUUCUUUGUUGGCAAACUAGGGACCAAUACGGAAGAGACCAAAGUAGCUGUUCUGUCACUCAAUGGUCUCCUACAAACAGAAACGACACGACUGGAUCCGGAGCCGAUCAGACAAGCCAAAGUCUUUCCGGUCAGAUACCCAACUGGCACUAUCGUUUUGUGCUCUGUGAGCGUUGACUUUGCCAUUGGAGAUCGGGACAAAUUGAAGACAAUGUUUCGUGACAAGAUUGCUCUUUUGGACUUUGAGAUGGAUGAAGUCCGUCGCCUCAGACCGUUGAUCGAAUGGCUGGGACUCCAAUAUCGAUACUUGUCUAACUCUGUUGAAGAAAGUACUUUCAUCUGCAGUGAUUCGGAGCGUCCGAUUUCUACACCCAACCGAGACCUCAAACGCAAGGCUUACCACAUUGUUCGCCCUCGAUUUGAGGACAACCCGCUUGGUCUCUAUGAGCAACUUCGCACAAUGAGAGUCGUGGAGGUUGAAAGAAUUUCGUCUGUGUUGAAAAUAUUCCAAAACAAGCAGUCAUUUGAGAUUCCAGUAGCAACCGCCAACGAGCACAUCGAAGAUUCGACAGGAAACCUCACGAUUUAUGUCCCAAAAGAGCGAAGAGCGCAAGAGCUCUGCUUCGGUUCGGUCCUUCCUAGGAAAUUCGCGGCAUGGCUAAUGCACCCGUCGAAGAGCCUCACCGAUGGACCUAUCGAAACGGACAUAGUUAAAGUCUUGACUGCAGUCUUUGCAAGUGAAAGAUUCGUCCUUGAUGAUGUCCUCGACGACCAGGGAAUAUUAACAGUAUCUUUCGACAAGCAGGAUGAAGAAGACAGCAGUGACGAGGCAGAGGAGCAUCAGGUAGAAGAUCAGGAGGAAGAAGGCCAAGAACAACGACUAUCAGAUAGCCGCCUCGAAACCCAUGAUACCUCUACAGAACAACUGACACCCGAUCAUUCUUCUAUAAAUUCUGGCACGCCGCCAUAUGCUGGAUCCUCUGGAAUUUCGCCAGAGGGAAGCCCUCCUGGAACAGUCGUCGAGACCAUCUCCCAGCGAAGUCAGAUGUCAUAUCAGCCUUAUUCAGGAAGGGUACAUCGCGCUUCCCAAUCAGAUUUGUUUCCUAGCUCACCACAGCCAUUACACCACCCAACCGACCAAGCUCCUUCAAGCACGCUUUCGGCUAUGACCUCACUGCCUGAACAGCAAUCUUUCGAAGACGCGAGAUAUCGCUCAAUCCUAGACAGGGUUGUUGAAAAAGCCCGGAAUGCGGCAUUUCCGUCCAGAGGGUCAUUUGACAUGACCGAUAUGCGGAAUGCUUUACCUGGGGGUGAUACGGACGCUUACCAGAGUUUUGAUGGGCUGGAUGUCAUGGGCCAAUUUCGGUCAACCAAUCAGCUAGAGCGCGACAAGAAGGUUGGGGCUGCAGGCGAGCUAUAUGUAUUCGAGCUUCUCUCAUGUCUUAACUUGCCAAAUUGGAACCGCACGAAUUGGCAAAGUACCAUCAGAUCAUACGUGACCAUUCACCCAGACUACACGAAUCUACAGGCUUGGAGAGGGAGGGAAACCGCCGAUCUGGUCUACGUCGACGCUGAAGGACACUUGACAAACACGCUGAUCGGUUGUGGCUAUCUUGGUCACGAUGAGUGGCAUGAGGCGCGGCCUAAAUAUUACAUAGAAGUCAAGACAACGACUGGGCCACGUAGUACCGCGUUCUACAUGAGUGGCAAGCAAUACCAGCUGAUGCAGCAAAUUCACCAUACCGAAGACCGCUCAGAGAUCUAUAUUGUCUUCCGCGUGUUCCAGCUUGAUAGCGACGGGAUUGGUCUGUGUGUUUAUACCGACCCAGAGAAACUCAGGCAAGAUGGGCGUCUGCUCUUCAAAGGACAGGCAUGGUCUAUCACCCCAGGACCCAACAUGGGCACCUUCAAUACUUUGCACCAAGCCAAAGAAUAUCGUCAACACAAGAACGAGGACGGCUACCCAGAAUGUGUACCUGUUGACGAGGCCGGUAUUAGCGGAUGA